UCUUUAAAUAGCCCUCUCUUUGCAGCAGUCUUCGCUUACGGCCAUACCAACCUGGCGGCGCUAGAGAGCCAACAGGAAGUGAUAGGCUUGCAGCACAGAGAGAAAGGCUCAACUCUGUUUGUUUAAAUUAACCGUCUGUUUCUACAUAUCCUGGUUUUCAGUUUUGAUUUCUGUUUGGGACAUUAGUUGCUGGAUAGUUUUUGCUGACUUUAAUAAAUUCCCCCGACAGCUUAGGCUGUCUGGGGGACUUUUUUGACAUUUUUCUCAUUGUAGCAUGCUGCAGAUGCACAGCAUGGCUGCAGAUAAAGAAACAGAACUAACCAUGAUGAGAAAAAGUAGCAAUGGGAGGAAUGAAGAGGAGGAGCAAAGAAGAGGUGAAGUCAAACAAGCGGAGAUCCAAAAGCAACAGGAUUCAAGUAAAGUCACAGGACAUUUGUGGGAAGAGGGAGAAGAAAACAGCAGAGCAGUGCAAGGAAAAUCAAAAGGGAAGUACAACAAAGAGCUGACUGUGGAAGUAGAGGUGGAGGGAACUGAAAAGAUUUCAAUGAUGGAUUUACUGAAAGGAGUAAAGAAGGAGUGUGGAGAAGUGAUUGGCUGCAGGGUGAGAGGUGAAAGGGUCUAUGAGCUCACAAUGAAGGAUGAAGAGGCAAAGAGGAAACUAAUGGAUGGAGUGAGAGUGAAAGGAGUGAUGGUGCAUGCCAGGGAUAUAAUGAAUAAUGAUAUGGUGGUGUCCUUUAUCAAUCUGCCUGUGUAUUUAGAGGAUGAGAAGAUACUCGCCAAGCUACAGGAGUGGGGAGUACGACCACUUUCACCAAUCAAACGCCGGGUGUGGCCUGGAACAGAUAUAGUUGAUGGGACACGUUUCUUAAAAGUUCGCUUCACAGAACAGGUAUGUUCACUACCAUACUCCACAAAGUUUGAGACUCUGAGAGGCACCGAAUAUUUUCGUGUCAUCCAUGAUAGGCAAAUACGUGUUUGCAGACUCUGUAUCAAGCCAGGGCACAUAAUUAGAGAGUGCCCUGAAUUAAAAUGCUUCAAGUGCAAUGGUGGAGGCCAUUAUGCAAGAGAUUGUGAAGAAUGGAUGGGAUUAGAGAGAGAGCGAGUGGACGGUAAAAAAAAAGGUGAAAGGAGGAGCAGUGUUCUGACAGAGGAGCAAGAGGAGGAAACAACUGAUGUGGUGAGCGGUGGAGAGAAAGACGGAGCUGAAGAUAGUGAGAGAAGAAGCAAAAUGGAAUGGCGAGACACAGCUGAAAGUUUCAGUGAAGCGGAUGAGGAGGAGGAGGAGGAGGAGGAGAUGGAGCAGUCGGAAGUGAUCGAAGAAGAGGAGGAGACAGAUGAAAGUAAUGUGAAAGAAAGAGGUAAAGAAGAGGCAAAGAAAAAUACUGCACAGAAACUGAUAGAAAGCAGAGGUGGAGAAAAGGGAGACAGUGAAAAGAAAGAUGGACUGAAAACAAAGAUUAUAAGACUGAGUUCAAAGAGGAAGUCUGAGAUGGACGGAGAACAGGUUGAGCAGAUAAAAGAACCACGAGCGGCAUGCUGCAGAUGCACAGCAUGGCUGCAGAUAAAGAAACAGAACUAACCAUGAUGAGAAAAAGUAGCAAUGGGAGGAAUGAAGAGGAGGAGCAAAGAAGAGGUGAAGUCAAACAAGCGGAGAUCCAAAAGCAACAGGAUUCAAGUAAA